AUGCAGCAGACCAUAAACAUACGCUGUAACUGGAACGAGCUCGGAGAGAUUCGGCAUAAACUGUGCGACGCUUUGCGACAUGUCGAAAAUCGAUCGCAAUGGAAUAAUUUAUUUUUCGGGAUUGCUCGUCACAUGAACUCCCUUCACUUUUCCAUUGAAGGUACCGUGGCACCAGCACCAGCAACCCCGCCGCCAACGCCAAGGGCAAAGAGGCACGCAGUUGUAGAAGAAGAUAAAACGCCACCGACAACAUCCGAGGCAACAGAGGAGCCGAAGCCAAAACCUGAAACCUGGCUUCAGAAAAAAGUAGCAAUUUUGACUGUAGUCGAAUACAUUAAAGAAACAGAGCAACAAACAAAAAAUGACGCUGCAACUCAGACUGAUCCUGUUGCUGAUGAGGAGUCAAAAACGUUGAGUGAAUACAGCACCGUUAUCUUUGGACCGUGCCCAACAGCAAAGGAUGGUGCUCGAUCCGUGAAAUGCGUACAAGUAGGAUACGGUAAAAUCCGGCAGCUGAAAUGA